AUGCGCAGCCUUACUGCCGGUCUCGUCCUUGGAGCUGCUGGCCCGGUCCUUGGCCUGUCGCCCCUGGAUACCUUCUACCCGCCGACUCUCAAUCAGACCUCAUACAUCUCCAAUGCUUCCAUCGGAACUUAUGGCGGUAUCUACAAGGCCCCAACUAAUGGCCCGACCGGUGGCAAUCCGUAUGGCACCUAUGACUACUGCUCGAUGCCGCACCCGCGCACUCAGGAGUACAAGCUGCCAGGGCCCAUCGCGAAUGGCUCCGUGAAAGGCGAGCUUGUUUACCUCGAAUACCUUCAGCGCCAUCAACGUCGCUCUCCUUACAACAUCCUGCCUGGUGGUGAAAACCAAGCUUAUCAGUGCGACAAUGUUCGGCCUUAUCUCUAUGCUGGCGCAGACAGCGAGAGUGGCAUUCAGCCCAUGCCCAUGUACGCUCAGACGUACCAGGACUCUACUAACCCGUUCACCCCGGGUGUGAACGGCACCUGCCAGUAUCCCCAGAUCACCAUCGGCGGUGUUCAGGAUGGGUACCAGCACGGCAAGGACCUCUGGAACGUUUAUGGCCAGAAGCUUGGUCUCAUUCCCAAGAAGCCUAACGAUCGUGUCUGGUUCCGCUCGAGUGAAUCCGCCCUGACCCAGGGCUCUGCCGGUGCCGUUCUUCGCGGAGUCUGGCCCGACUACGAGGGCGCCUUGCCUCUGCACCAGAUGGUCUCCUCGGUCGACACUGUCAACGAGGGUUACUCAUGCAGCGCAAUCGGUUCCACACUGAGUGCGUUGCAGUCCACCACUGAGUGGAAUGAUCACCUCUCUGUGACCAGCGAGCUACGUUCUCAACUUGGCUCGAUGCUUGGCGCCACAUCCAGCUCGUGGCAAAGCACCUUCGACCAUUUCUCCGACAAUUUCCAGGCUCGUCUGUGCAACGGCUACGAAUUGCCAUGCAGCGUGUCCAACUCCUCGGCCUGUGUGACUAUGGAAAUGGCAGAGGAGGUCUUCCGUGCUGGUGACUGGGAAUGGAACUACUACUGGCGUACCAACCCCUAUGUCACCAAGUACAUCCAAGUGGUGGAGGGUCUUUUCAUUGGCGAAAUUGUCGCCCACCUGCAGGCUGUGCAGGAUGGAAAGUCUACUCUCGACUACAGCCAUGUUUUCGUCCACGAUGGUGAUAUCGGUCCUAUCCUUGGAGCUUUGGGUAUCAACGCUCUCCGGUGGCCGGCCAUGGCAUCCAACAUUGCCAUCGAAGUUUGGAAAACCCACGAUAAGAGCAGUGUUGGUUACUAUGCCCGCGUUCUUUACAGUGGCCAGCCAGUCCAGACUAUCCACGGUACCCUUGAUUGGAUCGACCUUGCCGAUUUGAUCGCUAUCCUAAGUGUUUAUGUGCCCACGGAUAUCAAGUCGCUCUGCGGAUAG